CAUUGCGGUCGAAACCUCCCACUCCUAUUUUGGCGGCUGUGCGGUAAACAUGGCGGAAAAUUUGAAAGAUUGCAGCGUGCCCUGCAAGGUGUCCUGGGAUGAGCUGGAAGCCCUGUGUCGCAGAGAGAGGCUCCACUGUAAACAGCUUGGGGUGAACAGAGCCAACGUCAACGACUAUGAGGUGGAAUUCCUCUGUGACUACAAGAAGAUUAAGGAGGAAGAGUUCUAUCUGGUAAAGUGGAGGGGUUUCCCAGAGUCUGAUAACACGUGGGAACCCAAGAGGAACCUCAAAUGCCCCAAACUAAUGAAGCAGUUCCACCUGGACCUGGAUCAGGAGCUGAGGCGCCACAAAAGACGCUGCAUCCCCAAAAAGCUGGAUAAGGAAGUUGCCUCAUUCCUGGUCCGGAAAGCUAAACUCCGUCAGAGUCUGCAGCGAUGGGAGGCCCAUUUGAACCAGACUCGCAACCACCCAGGUCGCAUUUUUGUCAUUAACGAAGUGGACUUUGAGGGCCCCCCAAAAGACUUCACCUACAUCAACAACUACAAAGUGGGCCAGGGCAUCGUGUUAAAUGAGAUGGCUGUGGGUUGUGAGUGUAAGAACUGUUUAGAAGAGCCGGUGAAUGGUUGCUGCCCUGGGGCCUCCCUGCACCGCAUGGCCUACAAUGACAGAGGGCAGGUCCGGAUCCGCCCGGGGAAACCCAUAUAUGAGUGUAAUUCCAGAUGCAUCUGUGGCUCCGAUUGUCCCAACAGAGUGGUGCAGAAAGGCAUCCAGUUUGACCUGUGCAUCUUCAAGACAGAGAACGGCCGUGGAUGGGGCGUUCGCACUUUGCAGCGUAUCAAAAAGAACACAUUCGUCAUGGAGUACGUGGGAGAGAUAAUCACAACAGAUGAAGCAGAGAGGAGGGGUCACGUGUACGACCGCCAGGGCUCCACAUACCUGUUUGACCUGGACUAUGUGGAGGACGUGUAUACAGUGGAUGCAGCUCACCAAGGCAACAUCUCCCACUUUGUCAACCACAGUUGUAACCCCAACCUGCAGGUAUUUAAUGUUUUCAUCAACAACAUUGAUGAGAGGCUCCCAAGAAUUGCUUUAUUUUCAACACGGGCUAUCCGGGCAGGAGAGGAGCUCACCUUUGACUACAAGAUGCAAAUUGAUCCAGUGGACACAGAAAGCACCAAAAUGGACUCAAGUUUCAGUCUAGCGGGGCUCCCCAGCUCUCCAAAGAAGAGGAUUCGAGUGGAGUGUCGAUGUGGAUCAGACUCAUGUCGAAAGUACUUGUUCUGACAAGGGAUACUGCUGGGAAUUCAACACCCUCAUCUGUGUAAAGAUGUGGAAAACUGUACAGAUUUGUAUAUGAAUUUUUAUUUUUUUUAUGAAAGCUAAAAUUCUCCAUGUGUUCUUUUUUUUUUAUAUGUGAACAUGACAAACUCUCCCAAGAUGAGAAUCACAAUUCAGAGUUUCAAAUCUGAUUAACUUCAACAGAAUGUAGAGCUUCUUGACUUCCAGUGAAUCAUGGAUUCUUUGAGUACUUAAUUUCAGUGAUUUUAAAUUAUCUUUCUCUGUCCACUUUAAAUGGCAAGAUAGUUAAAAUAGAUGAGUGAGCAUGUAUAUUAGUCCAUACAGAGUGCAACACAAGACAACAGCCAUUUACUUAGUAAAAUAUUUUCUGUGGCUGCGUCUUCUGUGCUCUAAAAACAUAGUCCGCAAGAACAUGACACAGCUACAUGCCCAAGCCUUUUCAUCACUGUAAAAUGAUAAAGCUGGUUUAUUACAGCUUGAGUUUUAGUUUUUCUCAUCACAUUUGCCAGUGACAGUAUUGUAGCCACCAAGUAGCUGAGAUCUCGGAACAUCACUAAAAAGAAGUCUGAUGGGCCAAGUAAGACAAACUGGUUGGGACCUUCAUGUUGGCCAGCUUUCAAAAUAAAAUUCAGACAACUAAUGCAUACAAAAUAUAA